GCGCAGGUAUAUGCUGCCACUGACUGACAAUUGCAACGCGAACGCAGUGUAGACUAAUCAACGUAGUAGUCUACUUUCCGAAGAUCAUUCUGAUUGCAGGAAUCACAGGUUUACGCAAAGCCUUGACAGGAUCACCGAGGACACCACCGCAAGGUUCUAAAGUAGCUGCGCCUAACCGUCAUUUGGGGUUUGAGAUAGAGAUGGAGCUGGAGCAUUUUGACGAGCGGGACAAAGCCCGGAGACACUCGCGCAGGGGCUCGCGACCAAACGGCUUUCCCAGCCCGACCCACAGCGCCCACUGCAGUCUGUACCGCACGCGCACCCUGAAAGCGCUCAUCUCGGAGAAGAAGGCUUGGAAGGUCCGUUUCUACCGCAACGGGGACCGUUACUUCAACGGGAUCGUGUACGCCGUCUCCCAGGACAGAUUCAGGUCCUUCGACGCCCUGUUGGCGGACCUGACCCGCACCCUGUCCGACAAUGUCAACCUGCCACAGGGGGUUCGGACCAUCUAUACAGUCGAUGGCAGCAAAAAGAUCACCGGCAUCGAUCAGCUGGUUGAAGGCGGGAGUUACGUGUGCAGCUCCAUCGAGCCGUUCAAGAAGCUGGACUACACCAAGAACGUCCACCCCAACUGGUGCGUGAACCCGAGGGCCUCCGGGACGUCCCGGGCGCCGCCCUCGCUGGCCAGCGCCAUGGGGGGCACCCCGGAGACCCGGGAGGCCAAGGACUUCAUCCGGCCCAAGCUGGUGACGGUGGUCCGCAGCGGCGUGAGGCCGCGCAAGGCCGUGCGCGUCCUGCUCAACAGGAAGACCGCCCACUCCUUCGAGCAGGUCCUCUGCGACAUCACCGACGCCAUCAAGCUCGACUCCGGGGUGGUCAAGAGGCUCUACGCCCUGGACGGGAAGCAGGUGAUGUGCCUUCAGGAUUUCUUCGGGGACGACGACAUCUUCAUCGCGUGCGGCCCGGAGAAGUUCCGCUACCAGGACGACUUCCUCCUGGACGACAGCGAGUGUAGGGUGCUGAAGUCCACCCCUUAUGGGAAGAUCUCCAUGCAAAACCGGGGGUCUCCCAAAAGUGCUGGGACGUUCCGGCUGAGCAAGUCUCCUGUGUCUGCCAGCUCAGUGAACGGGGCUCCAGGCAGCCAGCUCUCCACGCCUUGCUCUGGGAAGUCUCCCUGUCCCUCCCCCAGCAGCCCCAGUAGCCUCACAAGAUGCAAGGAGUCUCAAAAUGGUGGCUCCUCCCUCUCCCUGGCUUCCACCAAAGUCUGCAGCUCAUUGGACGAGGGUGACGCGGCAGGAAAUGAAGUAGCAGCGGCUGAUCCCAGCGGUCGGUGCGAUUUGAUUGGUCUCCCCGUUCCCAUGGCAGCGGAGGUGCUGGAGGACCAGCCGCAGGUGCCCGCCUCCAUUUCGGAGCGGUACAAGGUGGGGCGCACCAUCGGGGACGGGAACUUCGCGGUGGUGCGCGAGUGCGUGGAGAGGUCCACCGGGAGGGAGUACGCGCUCAAAAUCAUCAACAAGGGGAAGUGCGGAGGCAAGGAGCACAUGAUCCAGAACGAGGUGUCCAUCCUCAGACGGGUGAAGCACCCCAACAUCGUGCUGCUGAUCGAGGAGAUGGACACCUACGGCGAGCUCUACCUGGUCAUGGAGCUGGUCAAGGGGGGCGACCUCUUCGACGCCAUCACCUCCACCAACAGGUACACGGAGCGAGACGCCAGCUGCAUGCUGCACAACCUGGCCAACGCCAUCAAGCACCUGCACAGCCUUAACAUCGUCCACCGGGACAUCAAACCGGAGAACCUCCUGGUUUACGAACACCAAGAUGGUAGCAAGUCCCUCAAGCUUGGCGAUUUCGGCUUAGCCACUGUUGUGGACGGACCCCUUUAUACUGUGUGUGGGACACCCACCUAUGUAGCACCAGAGAUUAUUGCAGAGAGCGGGUACGGCCUUAAGGUGGACAUCUGGGCGGCCGGCGUCAUCACCUACAUCCUCCUCUGCGGCUUCCCUCCGUUCCGGGGAAGUACUGAAGACCAGGAAGUCCUCUUCGAUCAGAUUCUGCUGGGACAGCUAGACUUCCCAUUACCCUACUGGGACAAUGUUUCAGACAGUGCUAAGGAGCUGAUUCAGUCGAUGCUGCAGGUGGAGGUUGAUCAGAGAUACACGGCCCUUCAGGUCCUGCAGCACCCCUGGGUCAAUGACGGGGGCCUGCCGGAGAACGAGCACCAGCUGUCUGUCGCCGGAAAGAUCAGGAAGCACUUCAACACCUGCCCCAAACCGGACAGCCCCACGGCCGACGUGUCCGUCACUUCGCUGGAACAUGACUUUGCCAUCCAGAGAUCGGGCUCUUUGGACUACUACCAACACCCUGGAAUGUACUGGAUUAGGUACGGCACUAACAUGCAAAGUUACCAUGGCAACGUGCUGGUUGCCCCAUCACCCCAUUGGCCAAACCUUUGAUUUUGUAUGAUGUGCGUCCCCCUCUCCAUCCGCCUCACAAUCCAUCUCUCCAUCCGUCUCACCGUCCAUCUCUCCAUCUCCCUCUCCUUUCCUGAAGUUCUUCUCCAUCUCUCUCCAGACCCCCGCUCUUAAUACGGAGGGGAAGGUUCUCAGACGAAGACGCCACCAGGAUGUGAGAGCAGCCGAAACACGCAGCCCCGCCCCCUUAUGACAUGACCGGGUCGGCAGACUCCUCCCCCCCUGGUCCUCUGAGCUCCGCCCAUCUCCUGACUCACCCUUCUAGAACACUGGACUGCAGUACAAGAGGAGGGGAGGGAAGGGGAUGGGGAGAAUGGGAUGAAUGGGAAAGAAAUGGGGGAGGAAUGAUGGCUAAGGGGAGGGAGGGGAGAGGAGAGGGGGAAAAACAGAAAACAGUAAUGAAGAGGGGGAGCAAAUAAAUGAGGAAAAAAGGAGAAGGGGAGGGAACUGGAAUAAAGGAAGAGGAAAGGAGAAUUAGAAAGGAGAGUGGUUAAGGAAGUAGGCCUAAUCCAAAACCUUGCUGUACACCAAGCACAAUGGUGCGAACAGAACUGAGAUCACCCUGGAUGUUUUCCUUCAAACAUCACUCGUUUACAUCUUUAUUUAUUUCAUAUUUUAUCUAUUUAUUUAAUAUUUAUUGUAAUUUUUUAUUUUUUAACCGGAGAAUGGUGCGUGAAGAGAUUCAGCCUACACGAGUGAUGGACGCUCGAGCCAAUUUUAGAAUGAACCUGUGCAGCCACUUUAAGCGCUGAAACAGCAGGCUUAUUUUUAGCGUUUCUCAUAUUUUUUUCAGCUUUUGUAAAUGUUUCAUACACACUCGAUAUCGGUUUGUGAAAACUUUACUUUUCAAAGAGAGCCGUGACGUGUCUAUUUCCCUUUGAGUGUUGAGAGUUUUGAAGCACUGGUGCCUACUUUUUGUGUCGGUCUGAAAAGGCGGAUAGCUGUGAAUCAACACACCCCCUUAUGAAACCGUAUUCAUAAAAACCACCAAUCAGCUCACAGAACCGCGAACUCAUAUUCGAAGCUGUCGAUAUCGCGACAUCGAACAAGGGUAAAGAUAGAACAGCAAUAGACGGAUCAGCGCUCUCACGACGAAUUAGUGUUACAACGGGAAUCCUGGUGAAGGACUGCUUUGUAAAUAAUAUCCGAUUUAUUUUAAUAGCUAAUAAAAAGUAUUUAUCUUAUUUUUACAGCACCGCCUUUAGAGAGAGAGAGAGAGAAAAAAAACGGAUAGGCCUACCUCCAUACAAAACUGUCACCGUUAAAAUAUGUAUUAACCCCGCGCGUGCUGGGACCUCUGGCUGGGACCCAUCAUUGGCAAGAUCUCACGAGUAGCCCCUAGCAAAUUUCGCGGAUGAGCACGGACGGAUAUGCCUACCGAAGCGACUCCUGUAUGCGACCCAAAAACCAUCGAAAGCAGAUUUGAAGAGUAGACAAAAUAAGCCGCUCUAGUCUUUAAUCCCUGACAGCAGUCCAAUCACGGAAAAUAUUAAAUAACCGAUAUUAAACGACGAAUGUGCAGUCGGUUUAGUGUCCUCGUUUCACCUGUGUAACUAUCUUUCUUGUGAUAUGUCAAAUGAAAAAAAAAAAAACAUAAACUGUACGUGUCGUGCAGAGCGUCAUUACAAUGUCAUACCUCAAUAAGUGCGAUUAUAUUAUUGUAAAUACUGUAAUUACCAUGCCGCUACUGUUUCGUGUCCAUUGCACAGUCAACGCUUCGAUCCCCUUCACUCGAAAAAAAAAUUGUUAACAUAAAACUUAGAAAAAUUACAGAUACGGAGGUCUUUUGAAGCCAUUUAACGUUACGGGGACAAAUAUUUUCUAUCCAAGGUAUUAAGGGGUCAAGUUAAUGACAGAUAGCAGGGUGCUGAUUGAGAUAUUGACGAAGCGUGUGUUAUAACUAGGCUUAUAACACUGAAUGAAUGGAUGUUUUUGUAAAGUUUGGUGCAAAUGUAGCAUUUUUUUAAAUUGCGAAGAUAACCGGGUGUUUUUUCCUCUUGUCUACAGAGGGCAAUAUUUUGUAUGUAUGUGUGUACGUACAGUAUGGGUGUGUUCAAGGAUAUGUGAACUACGCAGUUCUCUGGGCGAACGAACAACUGUUGUAAAGAGGCACCGAAGGGGAAGGCCUACGCAACGUGUAUUUGUAAUAAGAAUAUUUACAGUGUUUGUAAGUGCUGAUCACGACUUGAGAAUUUGCUGCAAUAAAGUCAAAGUACAGUACUUGUUUUGUUCAAAGUGUUGAUCUAAUAACCCAAAAGCAUUGCUCGACUUUUUAAAAAUGCAACUAUUUAAUCCGAUUACAAAUGAAAAAUAAAGAUUCUUUGGUGAACACUGGCA